CGUUGGGCCAUCUCCAUUUGAGGACUGGAGUCAGGCGCCUUCCUCGCUAGUUGAGAUGCUGCAAAGAAACAGCCACCUCCCAUGAUAAAAUAAGAGGUUCUUCGGCUGGUUUAAUAAUCAAAAUGAUGUAAGACAUUAACAGGAACCCUUUUGGCUCUCUGAGCAGCACCAUGGUGGUGGACAAGAACAAGUGGCUUUGGAAAGGAGGCAAGAAAGGUGCCAAGAAGAAAGUGGCUGACCCAUUUUCUAAGAAAGAUUGGUCUGAUGUGAAAGCACCAGCUGUGUACCAUCUAAGAAAUAUUGGGAAAGCAGUAGUCACGAGAACUGAAGGAACCAAAAUCAUGUCUGAUGGUCUCAAGGUUGCGAUUUUGAAGUGAGCCCAGCUGAUCUGCAGAACGAUGAAGUUGCAUUUAGAAAAUUCAAGCUAAUCAGGAUGUUCAGGGCAAAAACUGCCUAAUUUCCACGGCCUGGAUCGUACCUGUGACAAAAUGUGCUCCAUGGUAAAAAAAUGGCAGACCGUGAUUGAAGCUCAUGCUGCUGGUAAGACUACCGAUGCUUAUUUGCUUUGUCUAUUCUGUGUUGGUUUUACUAAACAAACAAACAAACAAAAAAUGCAACAAUCAGCUUUGGACAACCUCUUAUGCUCAGAAUCAACAGGUCCACCAAAUCUGGAAGAAGAUGAUGGAAAUCAUAACCUGAACGGUGUAGACAAAUAACUUGAAAGAAGUAGUCAACAAAUUGAUUCCCAAUAGCACUGGAAAGGCCUGCCAAUCUAUCUCUCCGCUCCAUGAUGUCUUUGCUAGAAAAGUCAAAAUGCUGAAGAAGCCCAAGUUUGAACUGGGAAAACUCAUGGAGCUUCAUGGUGAAAGUAGCAGUUCUGGAAAAGCUACUGGGGAUGAGACAGGUGCUAAAGUUGAAAAAGCUGACGGAUAUGAAUCCCCAGUCAAAGAAUCUGUUUAAAAUUCAGACUUCUCAUGGUAACAAAUAAAACCUACUUGUGAGUUUUUUAAAAAGACAUAAAAGACAUUAACAAAGGGGCA